AUGGCACGGAUCGCGUACCGUGGCAACUGCCACUGCGGUCGCUACCGCUACGAGUUGGCGCUGCCACAGGAGAUCGCGGAGACGACGGCCUGCAGCUGCACGAUCUGCGUCAAGAAGGGCUACCUCUGGGUGGCACCGCCUGAGGGGAGCUUUCGCGUGGUGCGCGACGACGGGCGCCUUGUCGAGUACUCAUCCAAGGCGCUUCGAGACAAGUUUUGCGGCCAUUGCGGCACGGGCGUGACGGGGGAGCACAUUGUCGGCCCGCUGCAGGGGCAGUUCCUCGUCAAUGUGCGAGCGAUCCAGGGCGUCAACCCGUUCAAGCUCGAACCCCAUGUCACGAAUGUCGAUACGGAGGACGACCGGCACAUUGUCGCUGUGGCGGGAGAGCCGCCUGCGCAGCACGUCUUUGCGUGCCACUGCGGAAAGAUCCAGGCCGAGCUUCUGACGCCUCUAUCUGAGCAGCAAGUCAAGGAGGAUAACUGCAGCUCGUGCGUGCGUAACGCCUACAUCGGCGUGUACCCGACCAAGGACCAGGUCCGAACACAUGGCCAAGAGGAGUACAGCUUCGAGUACUUUGGCCUCGGGGCUGAGGAGACGGGGCGGAAAUGGGGAGGCGUGGUGCACUGCUCGACGUGUGGCGUCUUCGUCUACAACAUCAUCUACGGGCCGCCCCUCAGCGUCUUUGACAAGCUCCCGCCGGAGCGCAAGGCCCGCGCUCUCGAGGCGUACCACCGCAACGUGAGCCUGCUCCCGCUCAACGUCCGGGCCAUAGAGGGUCUUGGCCGAGGGGUCCGGCUCGGCAGCCUCGGCAUCGAGCGAACGGAUGAGGGCACGGACGGCUAUGCGGAGCGGCUAGGGGUGUGGGAAGCUGUGUGA